AUGCAAAACCAAUUGAAGCAACUAUGGUCGGGAUUAGAUCACUGGACUGUGGCACCUCUUGGUAGGGGUUUUUUCAUGCUCCAGUUCAAAAACUUAGUUGAUAUGCAGCUAGUUUGGUCAUCGGGGACAGUACGUCUUAAUUCCGGCAUGCUCCGUUUGAUCAAAUGGUCACCUGAGUUCUCGCCAUCUACAUACAGAAACUCCUUCGCUCAGGUAUGGGUGCGAUUUUGGGAUUUAGGGUUUGCCUACUGGGAUCAACAAACUCUUUUUGAAAUUGCAUCUGGUAUUGGUACGCCCCUUAAACUUGACCCACGCACCAAGAACCGCACCGUGGGCUUGUUUGCCAGAAUUUUAGUGGACGUUGACUUCUCACAGCCUCUUCACGACAAGCUCAGAAUCACCAGGGCCAAUGGUGAGGUUGUGGUGAUUGGAGUUGAGUAUGAGUCUGUACCUGAUAUCUGCACCAGGUGUGGGAUAGUUGGCCAUGUCGCUGGUACCUGCCGUUCUAAGGCUCCCGACCACACUGUGACUGAUAUCCCAAUUGAGCGGGGAAGGUCAACAGAGCGUUCUGAUCUGAAGAAAAGGAGGAACAAUCGAUCUCACAAGUCACAGCACAACUCAAAGCAUGGGGGUGCAAUAAGGAGACCAGUCAAAGCCAGACAACCUGAUGAUGUUGCACCACUGACGGCUACCACAGCAGCAAUCUUAAGGCACGACGUUGAAGAUAUGAUGGCUUCAUCUGUUUUGAAUAAUGUUGAGAUUUCCACAGCAGCUCCAACUAUCACUGCAAUUCCAGCUUUCACAGCUACUCUAAUUAUGGAUGAGCUGGCGAUGGCUGCUGUGCCCGUGCAACAAGCUAAUUCAAGUGAUAGCGUCCCACCUGGAUUUACUCAAAUGGAAACGGAAUCUGAUCUCCAACCUGCUAGCUCUACGUCGACUCCCGUGGUUUCUUCAGUUGCUCCACCAAUUAUUAUGGCCGACUGUAAUCAAAGAGACUGUCAGAUGGGAGUUACAACUGACCUUUUGGAGGAAGGAGAAUUCACACCCGUCCUACAUAAGAAGUCGAAGAAAUUGCUGAAGCAAAAUGAGAAAGCAAAAAUGAAAAUAAUCUCCCACAAACCUGCGGGACGAGCUCUACUUCGCAAGGGAGCUAGUCUCAAGCGUUUCUAA